UGCCAUGCUCAUGCUGGUAACAGUUCUGAAUCUGAAUACAUACUGACGCAUGAGUUUCUUCCAUCGUUUCAUUUUUAUCCACAAUCCAGAUUCAGGAUAAAGGUGAAAGCGACAGAAACGGACCUCUAAAGCAGUUUGAUCUUCGUGUCCAAAAGCGUUUGGGCCCGCUGGCGGCUGCAACAUUGAUAUACAUACGUCUAACUGUUAUGACAUAGAUUUUUGCAAGAUGUCAUCCUCUACAGAAGACACUAACGAAAGCAGACUAAAUGUGUUCCUGCGAAUCAAGCCAACCCCAUUAGGAAACCUGCAAAAUAAGGUCUUCUCUAUUUUGGAUGAAACCAAGCUCAAGGUUAACUCAAUCACCAGAGGAUCUGAAACCUUCAGGUUUUCCAAGAUCUUUGGACAGGACUCAUCGCAAGCUGAGAUUUUUGAUCAAACUGUGAAACAAUCAGUCGACAGAUUUUUAAAUGGAAAGGAUUGCUUGGUGUUUGCUUAUGGCACCACAAAUGCUGGGAAAACCUAUUCCGUUCAAGGAACUCCAAGUGAGCCAGGUGUUAUACCAAGGGCAAUGCGUCAUAUCUUCCAAAAACUGGCCUGCGCCAUUGAUGACAAUCCCAGGAUUACGCCAAUGUACUUCAAUCAAGCGGUAAUUAGAAGUUCCCAUGAUCGGCAGCAGAUAGAUAUGGCCAAGAACAAUAUCAUCUUCACCCCUCCUCAGCUCGUUGCUCCUGCAGCUGAUAAAUUGUCCAUAUCAUUCAUGCCCACAUUGAGCUCAACAAUGUGUGAACCAGUCGCCUUGGGUUCCAGCCCGUCUGAAUUGCAUUCAGCUUUCCAGAGAAAUUCAAGGUGUUCUCUCUGGAUCUCAAUGCUGGAAGUGUACAAUGAGGUUGUGUAUGACCUUUUGGCUCCUUUGAACCAAAGCACAAAGUCUAGUGUGAAAAUUAAAAGUGAUAGACUGGGAAACUUCUGCCCCAAAGACAAUGUUGAGAUUCAUGUCAGCAGUUUGGAGGAAGCCAAUAAAGUUUUACAGUAUGGUCAAAAGCAACGCACUACAAUGGCCACUUUGCUCAAUAUCAACAGCAGCCGCUCGCACUGCAUCCUGAGAGUACGUCUGCUACGUGUCGACCGAUCUACCCCCGCCAAACGGAAACAAGCUCUGUCUCCAGCUGCAGACAAUAAGGACAUCAAGGUGUCGACCUUCAUGUUCGUUGACCUCGCUGGUUCCGAGAGAGUUGACAAAGCUGGCACACUGUCAAACACCUCCAGGGCCAGGGAAACCGGCAACAUCAAUUCUUCACUGCUGGUGCUUGGGCGAUGCAUGGAGAUGCUGAAGCUUAAGGGAGAGUCAGGAAAUUCGUCCAAGAGCAUGAUGGUCCCAUAUCGGGAUAGCAAGCUAACUAAGAUUCUUCAACCUCUGCUUUGCACACCAGGACCCAAAUGUUUGCUGGUCAACAUCAACACAUCCCCAAACUUGUUCGAGGAAACUCAUAAUGUAUUGAAAUUUUCAUGCGUUGCCAGAGUCGUGGAGUUAAAAGAGCCGCAGAAGCCUCUCCUAUUGGUCAAAAAGCUUCAAACUAAUAUCUGCACCACUGAAACUGUUCCUCCGCAAAAUUUAUCUGACACAAACUCCUCUAAUGAUACUCUGAGAAUUGCAAUGGAACAGCUUGACGAGGAAAAGAGGUUGAGAGAAGAAGUUGAGGCAAAACUAGCUGCAUCACUGACUGAAAACAAAAAAUUACGGGAGUCAAUAGUUACCCUCAGAGCUGAGCAUUACGAAUCAGAGAGAGCGCUUCGUAAAGAGCUAGUCGAUGGUUUUGGACAAAUUGAGCAAGAGACGCGAGAUACGUUUGUGGAAGCUCUAGAGAAAAAGGAGAACCAGCUGAUAACGUUGAUGGAGAAAAGAAUGGAUGUUCAGCAAGGGUAUUACGAGGGACAGCUUGCCAUUAAAGAAGCCAACUUAAGGUGUUCAAUAGAGUACUGUCAAGAGUUGGAAAUUGCAGUGAGAGAUUGGGAAAAAUACAGUACAAAGGCAAACUGUGCUGCCGACUGUGGUCUGCAAGAAGAAGUUUCUGCCUUGGAGCAAAGUAUCAAAUCCCAGCUUGAACGGAUCAAAACGCUCAUCAAAGCUGGGGAUGAGAAGGAUAAUAAGAUUGCAGUUUUGAAACAAGAAUUGAUGAGUCUUAGUGUGAGAGCCAACACACUUCAAAAAGACUGCAGCAGAUACAAAGGUCUCACUCAAUUUAUCAUCAAUCAGUACCACCCUUCAGCAAGGGACAGCCUUGCGACUCAUAGCGAAGAAGAAACUUGGGCGUUAAUUCAAAAAGAGUUUGAUGCGGUGCCUUCCAAAAUGAAAGAGCUGGAGAAAGAGAACUCUAGGCUGAUCAGAGACCUGGAACUCGCCAAGGAAGACUACAAGAAGCUGGAGGAGCGGAGAAAUGCUCAGUUGGCCAUCAAUGAAGAAGAACUCCGUUUGAAGAACAAUCAACUGGACAUGGAAAAAAGGGAGGUGCAAGCAUUGCAGAAGCAGCUUUUGGGAAUGACGCCAAAGAAGCUUGAAAACAACACUCCACUAAGGACUCCAAUGAUGACAGCGCUCAGCAACUCGGUCCGCACAAUGAACCUGAAUUCACCUUCGCCUUGUCCUGCUACUAUCAGUUCACUGCAGAAGAAGAACUUACUCGUCAGUGAGCCCAUCCCCUGCUCUGCUCAAUUGGAGCUGUCUGAUAUGUCAAGCACUAUAAUGACCAGGAGUUCAGGCAGGAAGAGGAAGGCUACCACCAAAUACACCGAGAAGGAAAACUCCCCUCUGCCAAAGGAAAAGGUGGCCAAGAAGAGAGGAGCGGCGAGGCGCAAGCUGUGCUCGGAUCUCCAUCCAGCACUGGAUAGUGCUCCUGAUGUGCCUGAUAUUGAUUUCAAAGUGCCAGUGGAAAAUGAGGCGCAGAAGAUGAAGCGUACCCUUCGUUCCAAAUACAAGUGACUUACAUGAUGAUUGAAUAAAAGAAAAUCUGUCUGCUUGUUUUUAUCAGUACCAUCACUUCAAGUAUUAAUUGUACUCAAUGCAAAAAAACAUUCAUUCUCGUACAUUGCAACCUCACAAACCAUAAUAAAUUGCAUUUUCAUUAAAUAUA